AUGUUAGCUACAAAAGAAGCAUAUUUCUAUAUUAGGUUAAUUCUAAUCAGAUGGUACAGUGAGAACAUAAAUACUUCAAAGAAACUAUUUUUGCAAGCAGAUAAGUUUAAAGGUGAUUAUGAACAAUGUAUGAUAAAUAAAGGUGCUGUGGUAACGUAUUUAUAUACUUUUAAUCAGAGUAAAAAAGAUUUUCAUGAAGAAAAACUAAUCAUUCUUGAACAAAAAGCUCAACUUACUAAUCUACUUCAAGAAUUUGUUGAAGAAAAUACUAGACAACCACUUAGUACUAAAAGACUUAAGUCUUCAUAUGAAAGUUAUGGCCUUAAAAUUAAACAUCAACGUCAAU